GAGAAGCCGCGAGUCCCCGCCGACCCCGCUCAGCGCGCUCAGCCCGCGGCCCGCACGCCGCCCCCCGCCCCCCGCUCCCGGGCCCGCGCCGCCGCCGCCGCCGCCGCCGCCAUGGCGGAAGUCCACAGACGUCAGCAGGCCCGGGUGAAAGGAGAAGCCCCCGCCGAGUCCUCCGCACACCGCGAUGCGGAGCCGCUGGGGAUGGCGCCGGCCGAAACGCUGACGCUCUUCCUGAAGCUGUUGGCUGCCGGCUUCUACGGCGUAAGCUCCUUCCUCAUCGUGGUGGUGAACAAGAGCGUGCUCACCAACUACAGGUUUCCCUCCUCGCUCUGUGUUGGACUUGGCCAGAUGGUGGCCACAGUAGCCGUUCUCUGGGUGGGAAAGGCACUCAGAAUAGUCAAGUUUCCUGACUUUGACAGAAAUGUACCUCGAAAGACGUUUCCACUACCUCUACUAUAUUUUGGGAACCAAAUCACGGGACUGUUCAGCACAAAGAAACUGAACUUGCCCAUGUUUACAGUUCUGAGAAGGUUCUCCAUCCUGUUUACAAUGUUUGCUGAAGGAGUUUUACUCAAGAAGACCUUUUCUUGGGGUAUUAAAAUGACUGUAUUUGCAAUGAUUAUUGGAGCCUUUGUAGCUGCCAGUUCUGACUUGGCAUUUGAUCUGGAAGGAUAUGUUUUUAUUCUGAUAAAUGAUGUUCUCACAGCAGCAAAUGGUGCAUACGUGAAACAAAAAUUAGAUUCAAAAGAGCUGGGAAAAUAUGGUCUGCUUUAUUAUAAUGCACUGUUCAUGAUUCUGCCCACCUUGGCCAUUGCAUAUUUCACAGGAGAUGCACAAAAGGCAAUGGAGUUUGAUGGCUGGGCGGACACCCUCUUCCUUUUGCAAUUUACCCUCUCCUGUGUGAUGGGGUUUAUCUUGAUGUAUGCAACAGUACUCUGCACGCAGUAUAAUUCUGCUCUUACAACUACAAUAGUUGGCUGUAUUAAGAAUAUAUUAAUAACUUAUAUUGGAAUGGUCUUUGGUGGAGAUUAUAUUUUCACAUGGACAAAUUUCAUUGGCUUAAAUAUAAGCAUUGCUGGCAGCCUGGUGUAUUCUUACAUCACGUUCACUGAAGAGCAGCUGAGCAAACAGUCAGAGGCCAGUAACAAGCUGGACGUGAAGGGAAAAGGAGCGGUAUGAACCUGGCUACUCUGGUACCUGCCCCAGCUUCUGAUGGUUCAGAACACUGGCACUUCCCAUGCAGAUACUGAGAUGUCGUGAUUCCACGGGAGAGAGCGUUCCUUUGCACUUGUACAAUCCAAGGAUUGAUUGCUGCCUUUUAAAAUUUUAUCAGAGAAACUGAUUCUAUUUUAAGUAUGUUUGUUGGAAUUAAUUUAUAUCAGACUGGAUAAUGUACUGGGCCUUUAAUUUAUUUGUCUUCUAUUCUGACAAUGUAACAACAGUGUUUUGAAGAUGUUUUCCUUUCUUAGUGUGAUAACAAGGUGUCCCUGAGAGCUGCAUAAAUAAUGUGUUCAAACUGGAGCCUUCUCUGUCCCCUUGCCACGGUGCCUGCAGGUAGUUUAGCCUCUUUCUCCAAAUGUAGCAAACAGCUGACAUUUGUCUUUUCUAAAGUCAUCACUGCAUUUGCCAAAGACAAAAACCACUUUGGCACACACACACACACACACACACACACACACACACACACAAAUAUAUCCACAAAGUCCAUGAGGUUUUUAAGAGUAUUGCUUUCCUGAGCACUUGGGGAUGAGCAGAGAGCAUUCCCUCCCCUGUGAUGUAGACUGGCUUAUGAAGGGAUAGCCUUUUACUCAUUUAUUCAUCUGGUCCAUUCAUUCAUCUGAGGCUUGUGGAUGGCUGAAAAAUCUCACUUGUGCCCCAGGGACAGAGGGAAGAUAAGAACUUGGUUCUUUUCAUCCAUUCAGGCAACUGAAUGUGACUAGGAGUGAGGUGACUGGGUGAGCUCUCAGAAACUACAAAUCUCUAUCCAUGGCAUUUGAGCAUCUGCCCUGCCACAAGGGGAGGAGCUGUCUUAUAAUCAGCUCAGCAGCUCAACCUUGACUCUUCUUCUCCUCGUGUGUCAGGUGGGCAAGGUGGCCAGCAUCUCUCCCCAUGCCAUCUCCUCUGGGCCUGUUUGCUACUCCUUUAUACUCAGGUCAGUUUGACCAAGACUCAUUUCUGAAGGGAGGUGUGUGGGGACACGACUGGUAAGUGGCAUGAGCAUACCUCGGUCCUUUGGACAACCCUGUCUGUACCUUCUGCUCCUGGUUCAGCUUCACAACCAGUACGUGUCCUGAAGGAAAUUUGUGAAUGGGCAUUGCUUCAACUGCAUCUUGGGGACAAAGUGUUUGCUCACACACAGUUGUGUAGCUUGCUCAAGGACCUGCAAGGCUUGAGGUGAGCAUCAUUUAUUCAGGCAGUUGGCUACCUUUGCACUAAUGCACAUAUUAGCUCCUGUUUCUUUGGGUUUGGAACUCACUGGGCUGUGUAGACCCAGACAGUUUUGGUAUCUCAACAGGAGACCAGGAAUAUUUUUAUUUUGAUUUCUCUCUCUCUUUUUUUUGCCAGUCCUGGGGUUUGAAUUCAGGGCCUGAGCACUGUCCUUGUCUUCCUUUUGCUCAAGGCUUGCACUCUACCACUUGAGCCACAGCACCACUUCUGGUUUUAUCUGUGUAUGUGGUGCUGAGGGCUUCAUGCAUGCUAGGCGAGCACUCUACCACAAGGCCACAUUCCAAGUUCCUUGAUUUUUCUAUUGGAGAAACUACAUUUGUAGGUACAACUUACAAGUAGGUACUUAAAAAGAUGCAUUUGCAAGUAGCCUGUAAGCCUCGGUAUGAGGAAUCCACAUGAAGUUUGGUCGGUGUAGGGUGAGGCAGGUUCUUCCUAGUCAGUGUUCCAUGUGCUGGGUUGGAAGAGGACCCUAGACUCAAAGUCCUGCCUUUGUUUUUCUGAUAAGUACCUUGUCAUUGAAUGAAGACUUAAGGAGUUCCUGUUGUAUGCCCGGCAUUUUGCUAAGUUUGAGGAAACAAGUGAAUGGCAUGCAGUUCUUGCUCAAACCUUACUGAGAGGGGAAACAGGUAAAGGAAGCCGGUGAUUUGUGAACAGAAAUUCUUGUACAGUAUUCAGUGCCACUGAUUCUAGGGUACCCUGCCCCAAAGGAAAGUCAUGUUCAAUCACAGAUGACUGUUACUCACUGUUAGUCCUCCAGCUGAGAUAGCAGUAGUUUUCAGAAUCCUGUGACUAGCCUCUGAUCUUCCUCCCCUGCUGCACUAUUUCCCUUAACUAUGCAGUAUUGCUUCCUUCUGAGAUUGGCCAUAACCAAUUUCUCCCUUCCAAAGGGAAAAGUAUUCAGGAUGAAUGAGGCUGUGACUAUAAAAUUACUUAGCAUGGUGCUUAGUACAUAACUAGGAAGUCAAGUAGACAUUGCUGCUGUGGCUAUUACAAGGUGAGACUAAAGGCAAACAAGAUUCUCAGUGUGUUUCCUGAAAAGCCUGGCCCUCUUUUCCAUUGCUCCGUGAGUGCUUAGAAGGCAGUACUCCCAAUUUGCUUUUCUUUGUCUAAAACCUGAUUGUAAUGGGCACCAUAGUGUGAUGUAGGCGAUUCUACUUAUGUGGCAAAAAAAGAACAAUAUUACUUCAUAAUGCUGGUGUAUUGUAAAGAAAGAAAACUUGUCUGUCUCAGAAGAAUCACAUUUCAUAAUAGCAAUUUACUUUAAAAAAUGAUGUUUUCACUGUCACCUUUUGUGGUUCCUAUCUAUAUAGAAUUCUGUUUGAUGCCCUUGCCUUCUAUCUAGUCAUGUUGGGAUCUCAGUUUCUGGUACCAUCUUUGUUUUCUAAGCCUGGCUUCUAGUGCUGUUAGGGUGCUACUCUGGUAUGAGGAGAUACUCUUGCACUGUUGUUGUUUUUUUUAAGGUUUAUUUUGAAAAUACCUUUUAAAAAGAAAUCUACUGGUUAGAUUUACUGUCUCACAAAAAUGUUUUUUAGAGAUUAUUUUGUUCUCAAAUGUUUUUGGAUUUUUGUCUACAAAUGUCCUCUCAUGAUAUUUUUUCAACAUAGAUUCUAUUUACCAAUUUUAAAAGGUACUGAGGAUUGAGGUAUGUAAAUCAGGUGACAUAAACGUGAAAAUUAUGUGCCUACAUAUUUUUGUAAUGAUAUCAAAUAAAUACUUUUUCUUGAAAA